AAUUCUUGAAGGUAUAUUUGGGCAGAAACUGGAAGACACGGUACGUUAUGAGAAGAGGUAUGGUGCACGUCUGGCCCCUAUGUUGGUGGAGCAGUGUGUGGACUUUAUCCGGCAGCGUGGGUUGACAGAGGAAGGACUAUUUAGACUGCCUGGCCAAGCAAACCUGGUGAAAGAGCUCCAAGAUGCCUUUGACUGUGGGGAGAAACCAGCAUUUGACAGUAACACAGAUGUCCACACCGUAGCCUCACUUCUGAAGCUGUACCUGCGGGAGCUGCCAGAGCCUGUCAUCCCAUAUUCAAAGUAUGAGGAUUUUCUCUCAUGUGCGAAACAGCUGAGCAAAGAGGAGGAAUCUGGGAUGGCAGAACUAGUGAAACAAGUGAAGAGUCUCCCACCAGUUAAUUACAAUCUAUUGAAAUACAUCUGUAGAUUCUUAGACGAAGUGCAGUCCUAUUCUGGAGUGAAUAAAAUGAGUGUUCAGAACUUGGCUACUGUCUUUGGGCCAAACAUCCUGCGUCCCAAAGUGGAGGAUCCAAUGACUAUAAUGGAAGGUACUGUAGUUGUGCAGCAGUUGAUGGCAGUGAUGAUAAGUGAGCACGAAACCCUUUUCCCCAAAGAUGCUGAUAUUCAGAUUGAUGCUGGACAAGAAACGACCAACAACAACAAUGAGCUGCAAAAAAAGAUGCUGCUAGGCCAAAUACAGAACAAGGAGAACAAUAAUACAAAGGAUAUAGCAGUGAGACGUUGCUCCUGGGAGAAGUCUGAUUCUCCACAAAGGUCAAGUGUUGACAACGGGUCUCCCACUGUGCUCUCAGGAAGUAAAUCCAACAGCCCAAGAAACAGCAUUCACAAACUGGAUGUUACACGAAGUCCACCGCUAAUGGUGAAAAAAAAUCCAGCUUUUAACAAGGGUAGUGGGAUUGUUACCAACGGGUCUUUCAGCAGUUCUGUGGAAGUCCAUGACAAACACCAUUCUUUACCCAAUGGUACCUUACAGGCUAGAAGAACCUCUUCUCUCAAAAGUUCAGGAACCAAAAUGGGUACUCACAGUGUACAGAAUGGCGCUGUAAAAAUGGGAGUGUCCAGCACAGACACAAUGAGCAAUGUUUUGAACAGUCGGACCACAAGCUGGCUACCCAAUGGAUAUGUGACAUUAAGAGAUAACAAACAAAAAGACUGUACAGGCGAACCAGUGCAGCAGCACAGAUUGUCCACAUAUGAUAAUGUUCACCAGCAGUUUAUGAUGAACUCUGAUGACAAGCAAAGUGUGGACAGUGCAACAUGGUCCACAUCAUCUUGUGAAAUUUCUCUCCCUGAGAACUCCAACUCCUGCCGCUCCUCCACAACAACCUGUCCAGAGCAGGACUUUUAUGGUGGGACCUUUGAGGACCCUGUGUUAGAUGGGCCAGCCAGUGACGAUAUUACUAGUGCAGCAGACUUUGAGAGCAAAUUUGACAGACGAAGUGCUGGGGGUCACAGCAGCAGGGCUACCAGCAGCAGUGACAACAGUGAGACUUUUGUAGUGAGCAAUUCAAGCAACCACAGUGCACUUCACAGCCUUGUAUCCAGUUUAAAACAGGAAAUGUCAAAACAGAAAAUGGAGUAUGAGACCAGAAUAAAAAGCAUGGAACAAAGAAACCUCACUCUGGAGACAGAAGUACUAUCCCUGCAAGAGGAACUGGAGCAAGAAAGAAAGAAGUACACUAUGGUGGAAAUUAAAAUGAGGAAUGCAGAACGUGCAAAAGAGGAUGCUGAGAAAAGAAACGACAUGUUGCAGAAGGAGAUGGAACAGUUUUUCUCAACUUUUGGUGACCUCACAGUGGAACCGCGUAGGCCAGAGAGAGGGAACACAAUAUGGAUUCAGUAA